AUGUCAUUUCCAAAGAUUGAAAUGGAUUUGGAAAACGAAGCCCCGUCGUACAAACGCGACUGUCGUUAUAAUUGGAAUUCUGAGAACACUAUGAAGCUUAUCGAUACUAUGGAAAAGGAGUGCAAAGAAUUAUGGGACCUAAAACAUCCUUUAAAUAAGGACAGAGUCGCACGGCAGGCAAAGAUGGAAUAUUUAGCAAAUGUUUUCGGUACUAGCGCAGAAGAGAUAAGUAGAAAAAUACACAAUCUAAGGACGCAAUUUAACAAUGAGCUGAGGAAGAUAAAGAGGAGGUCGGGGAAUGAGGGCAGUGUGGUGGCAGGGAGUAGCGGCUGGGAGUACUUCGAUGCGUUGACGUUUCUCCUCCGCGCCCCCACCGACCCUCUCGACACCGUCGAUUCCGUCAAUCUUGCGUUAGCAGAGUUCCAAGCCGACGAGGAGCUGGAGUUCGGUAUUGCAGCACGUGCGCAUCUCAACAAUAACACGAGUAACAAUUCGCCCACACGAAGAGCCAAGCCUGCAAUACGCGUGGCAGCCUCGGCGCCGCCGCCUUUGCCUCCCAGUGCACAUCCGAUGAUGUGGCCUGAGGAGCCCUUGCCACGGCUAAGACCCGGCGUCAACGCUGAUGAAUGCCAGAUAUUCGGCGACUUCGUAGCUUCAGAAUUGCGCACACUGCGCUCCGACGAGUCCCGCAAGAAGCUGAAGAGGAUGAUCCAGAAAGCUAUCCUCCAGGUGGGUGAGGAAGAGGAUGUGAAUAUUAUCAGUGGAUAG